AUGGACUUGGUAGAAGAAGUGCCUAUUCCUGCUGCUGAGCCUCCAACGCCGGAAUCCCCGAUCGAUGAGACCAUCGCGAAUUCAGCUCUCACUGACGAACCUGAUGAGCCGGCUCAACAGUCCCCUCCCAGCCCUGCUACCUCUAAGAAGGCAUCGACAACGACAGCAAUGACUGCUUCUCCCCGCCAGAGGACUGGUACUGCUGCUCCUAAACGAACUGGGACUGCUACCAAAGCUGCUGCUACAACGCGUCCCUUAGGCCCUACGACAACGGCAGCCUCUAAACUAGCCUCUGCCACCUCCAGAAAGUCAACCAUCGGAAACAGCCUCAAUCGACCCCCUACUCGUCCUCCUGUGUCAUCCACCACCGUCCGCAAGCCCCCAUCCACGACUACCGCCACCCACAGACCACGCGCGUCUUUGGGCAGCUCUGCAGAUGAGAAAAGUAAAUCAAUUGCUAGUUCAGGGGACGAGAACAAGAGACCGGGCAUUUCAGCUACCGUGAAACGGGCAUCUCUUACCAGUACCGCUUCUUCCAGGGUACCUGCGAAGCCUACUUCUGACCGCAGAUCCACAAUUACCCCGUCAUCCACUGAAAAGAGGCCCACUACAACACGUCCGUCUACCGCUCAAAGCCCUGCAAAGGCUACAACAAUCUCGCGGGCUCCUACCACUGCCUCCAAAACAACUCCAUCCACCACCACCACUUCGCGAUCUACAAGACCAACUACCUCAUCUUCUGCCACAAAGCCUACAUCUUCUACAACCACGGAGUCUAAGAGACGCAUGAGUUCCUUGUCUACAACUUCAAGCUCAACAACCAAGAAGCAAUCCAUUGACCAUGGAAGGCCCGCGGAGAAAAAGCUCGUUGCCAAGUCCGCCGCUCUCCAGGAACGAGUCAAGGAAUACAAGGCCCUCCGUGACCUGCUGCGGGCAGCAAUUGCGGCGGAGGAGGCAGGGAAUGAGGAAAAAAGGGACGAGAUCCAGUGCGUGGUAGAUGGGGAUAUUGCCCAGCUUAAAGGCAGCUUGAAUGCGGUCAAGGAGGGUGAUGAGUCCUCUAGUGCUAGCAAGCUUUUUGAUCUCCAAUCCCAACUUGCGAAAAGCGAAGCCAAAGUAGCAGAAUUACAGACACAACUAGAGGAAUUCCAAUCGAAACUCGCAGCGUCCAGCAGGACUAUGGAAGAAGAGGCGGAUACUAAAGUUUUUACCGCUACUGAACUUAUUCGUUCUGAACACGAAUCUAAAAUUAUUGAACUUACGAAGAACCAUACUGAGGAUCUCAAGACCCUCCAUGCUAAAUUGGGUGAAUCCGAAUCGCAAAGAUUGGAGGCAGAGUCUCGGUUUGCCCAGGAGCUUGAAGCUGCGAAACAGCUGGCGGCGCAGGAAGGCGACUCGAAGACAUCUGAAUUGCUUGAACAGCAAAAGGAGAGCCAUGUCGCGGCGGUUGCUGCACUUGAAGCUGAACUUGCUGCUCGGCGGAGUACAUUGGCAGAUCUUACUUCGGAAAUCGAUACGUUGAAGGAAGAGCUGGCGGCCCAAACUGCCAGUCUGGAAGCAGCGGCCAAGUCUGCUACCGAGAAGGAAAAGGCGGAUCUUGAAGCUCAUCAGGAUCAAUUACUGAAGCUGGAAGCGGAAUUAAAUGGCCGCGAUGGCGUCAUCAAGAGCCUCAAGGAUGAGAUGCAGAGUCUACAAGAUAAGAGGGAUAAGGAGUUGGCUGCUGCCAAUGAAGUGGCCAAGGGAUCUGCUGAGAUUCAGGCAAAGGUUGAAUCUCUCGAGUCCAAACUUGUACAAGCGAAGUCUGAAAACGCGCAAGGCGCCGCCCAAACCACAGAGAAGCUUGCUGAGAAGGAGGAGGAAAUUACAAGGCUGAGCAAAGUCAUUGAACAACUGCAGGAUGAUAUUCGGGCAGCGGAACAGGCGAAAUCCGAUGAAAUUCUCAAGCAGACCAAUCUUACCACCGCGCAUGAGAAGGCAAUGGCUGCACUUCAAGCUGAACGUGAUUCUUCCUUGGCUAGCAAAAUAGCGGAGCAUACAGAGGAGCUUUCUCAAGCUGAAGACAAGGCUAAAGCUUCCACUGAGUCACUGCAAUUGGAACUGAAGUUGCUAACUGAGAGGUUUGGCGCUGCUGAGGCGGAUCUUGAUGCUGCACAGGCCGAAGUUACCAGCUACAAGGCCCAACUUGAGACUGCUACACAGGGAGCUAGCGAGGCUCAUGUUGCUACAUUACAAUCCCUACAGGAAAAACUCGGCGCAACCGAGAAGGCUCUAGAAGAGGCGAAGCAACAAGCAGAAGCCAGUACCGCCGAAAAGGAAGCCAUCGCCGCUGAUCUGCAGUCGCUUGAAGGUAAAUUGCGAUGCUCAGAAGAGGAACUUGCCACAGCUAAGGAUAAAAUAAGCUCGCUUCAACAAGAUCUUGAAGCCGAAGCGGCCCAGGUCGAAGAACUGCAGAAGGGCAUCGAGACGUUGGAAGAAACUACCAAGGCCAAGGAUGAGUACUACCAGACAACAAUUUCAAGACUUGAAACUGAAGUCAACGAUAUCAACAUUUCGCUCUCUCAAAAAUCCGAACAACUCGCUACUGUGGAGGAGAAAUAUACCGCCGCAACUGCGGAGCUCACAGAAGCCCACAGCGAGGAAAUCGAAAACCUCAAAGCUGAACUACUCGGCUCCCAUGACACAACCAUCAAGGAACUGCAAUCAAAAUACGACGACCUCGUUGCCUCCGCCAGCGCUGCGGAAGUGGCACAUACCACCGCCCUAGCGGAAGCCGAAGCAAAACUCACCGCCCUGUCUGAAACGCACAACCAGACCAUCUCAGAACUAACCAAGGAAUUCGAGACAAAUAGAGCGCAGACCGCACAAGAUGCGGGGGACGCGCAUGCGCAGAAACUCAUUGAGAUGGAGGCGAGCCAGAAUCGGGCGAUUGAGGAGCUUCUCAGUGCGCAUGAGGAGAAGUUGGGGAAUUUGAGAGAGGAAUUUGAGAAGGCAGUAAGGGAGAAGGCUGUUGCUGUUGAGGAGCAUGCAGUUGAGGUUGAGGGGUUAAAAGCGCAGAUUGGGAAGUUGGAGGAGCAGAUACAAUUGGAGAAUGAAUCUCUUCAAAAAGCGCUACAGGAUGCGAAGAAUGACCUCUCCGAAACCCAAGAUCUCAAGGAGCAGCUCGCUGCUGUCAGAGAACAAUCAUCCGUUGCGGAGACUGAACUUGCUGCACAGAAACAGGUUCAUGAGCAAGCAUUGGCUGACCUUGACACCCUGAAAGCCACCGCUACCACUUUAGACGAAAAGAAAACUUCUGUCGAAACCAAAUUCGCUGCCCUCGAACAAGACAUGAACACCCUCAGCGAGAAAAAUAUCGCCCUUAUCCAACAACUCCAUGACGCCGAAGCAGCCAUAUCAAAGGGUAACCGACGGAUCCGCGAAUUGGAAUUUGAACUCGCUGACUCAAAGAUCAAGAAACCCGACACCUCGUCCCUCUCGAAUGGGUCGAACGGGUCCAACGUGAAGUCUGCCAGCGGACUGGAGGAUAGCAAGUGGGCGGUUAAGGAUGGGGAUGCUGAGGAGAAGGGAAGGGAGGAAGAGGCGGCUGCUGCUGCUGCUGCAAAGGUACUUCCAGAAGACGCUGGUCCUGCUACUGCUGAAGGUGAGGACCUUGGCUCUAAUAUUGAGGGAACGAUGGCCAGCAUUCGGGAACAGCUCCGCCAGCUUGAGGAUGUGAAUGAGAGCAUGUUUGACGAGAACGCUAGGUAUGAGACCUUUUAG